UAAGAUUGAGAAUAAUAUGUUGAAGGGAAUUUGGAAUUCACAUGGCACUCUUCUAAAAGCAUAAGACAUGAUUAAAGCUAAAAUAAUUCCCCCUCUCUCUCCUCUUUUAUUUAUUUUAAUCUUGAAACUUACGUGGAUUUGGUUUGUUUCGUUUGAUUCUUUUUAUGGUUCUUCGUUUUAUAUUCUUCUUCAAAAUUUCCGGUCUCAAAAGACAAGCAUGCCUUUGUUAGUGCCACUGCCUACUGCCACCAAAAGCAAACUGCUCCUCCACCUCCACCUCCACCUCCAUUUUGGCUCUGACAUUUGAUGAUUUUCUGUUUAAUGGCAGAUUUCUGGCAUCAAAACCACCGAAAUAGCCUCUGAUUUGAAGCUUUCCUCAUUAAACAAUCAAACCCUUUUGAGGGUUUUGCCUAUUUCCUUCUUCUUCUUCUUCUUCUUCAACCAGCCUCCAUUUUCAGUGCCUUCUGGUGGUUUGGUUCAUGAGCAUUUAAUGGGUAUGAGCAGAGCUGAGGCUACUGUUUCCUGUCUUGUGGCUUCUUUAUUGCUUUGGGCUUCUGCAAUAAAUGGGUUGCUAUCUCCCAAAGGUGUAAACUAUGAAGUUCAAGCUCUGAUGGGUAUAAAAGCUUCCCUUCAAGAUCCCCAUGGUGUGCUUGAGAAUUGGGAUGGGGACUCUGUUGACCCAUGUAGCUGGACUAUGGUUACUUGCUCUCCUGAGAGCCUUGUCAUUGGCCUAGGGACCCCAAGCCAGAACCUGUCUGGGACUCUUUCUUCAAGUAUUGGGAACUUGACAAACCUUCAAAUUGUGCUGUUGCAGAACAACAAUAUCACAGGCCCAAUUCCCCCGGAGCUUGGGAGGCUCUCAAAGCUUCAAACACUUGAUCUAUCCAACAAUGUCUUCACUGGGGACAUUCCUUCUUCUUUAGCCCAUUUGAGAAGCCUACAGUACUUGAGGCUUAACAACAACAGCCUUUCUGGGACAAUUCCAAUGGCCUUAGCUAACAUGACCCACCUUGCAUUUCUUGAUGUAUCAUAUAAUAAUAUCAGUGGCCCUCUCCCCAGAUUUCCCAGCAAAACAUUCAACAUUGUUGGAAAUCCUCUGAUCUGUGCGACCGGGACCGAGGCCGGUUGUCACGGGACGACUCUAAUGCCCAUGUCCAUGAAUUUGAACUCUACACAAACUGGUUUACCUUCUGUGAGAUUGAAGAGUCACAAAAUGGCCCUUACAUUUGGCUUGAGCCUAGCUUGCUUAUGUCUCAUUGUUCUUGUAUUUGGACUGUUUAUAUGGUGGAGAAGACGAAACAAUCAACCGACGUUCUUCGAUGUAAAAGACCAACAACAUGAGGAAAUUUCGCUUGGAAAUCUAAGAAGGUUCCAAUUUAGAGAACUUCAGAUAGCAACAAACAACUUCAACAGCAAGAACAUACUAGGAAAGGGAGGCUUUGGGAAUGUUUACAAAGGAAUUCUUUCGGAUGGAACGGUUGUAGCUGUUAAAAGGCUCAAAGAUGGCAAUGCAAGUCGAGGCGAGAUCCAGUUUCAGACUGAAGUUGAGAUGAUCAGCCUCGCCGUGCACCGUCAUCUCCUCAAGCUAUACGGCUUCUGCAACACACCUACUGAAAGGCUUCUUGUUUACCCCUAUAUGUCUAAUGGAAGCGUGGCCUCCCGUCUCAAAGGAAAACUGGUAUUAGACUGGGGAACAAGGAAGAGAAUAGCCAUAGGAGCUGCAAGGGGAUUGCUAUACCUUCAUGAACAAUGUGAUCCAAAGAUAAUACAUAGAGACGUUAAGGCUGCAAACAUCUUGCUCGAUGACUACUGCGAGGCUGUCGUUGGAGAUUUCGGGUUGGCAAAGCUUCUCGACCACCAAGAUUCACAUGUCACAACUGCUGUGAGAGGCACGGUGGGUCAUAUAGCUCCCGAGUAUCUCUCCACCGGGCAGUCAUCGGAGAAAACAGACGUUUUUGGAUUCGGAAUCCUUCUCCUUGAACUGAUCACAGGGCAGAGAGCCCUUGAGUUUGGCAAAGCAGCUAAUCAGAAAGGAGGCAUUCUUGAUUGGGUGAAGAAGAUUCACUUAGAGAAGAAGCUGGAAGUGCUAGUGGACAAGGAUCUGAAAGCAAACUACGACAGAGUUGAGCUAGAAGAGAUGGUUCAAGUGGCUCUGUUGUGCACACAAUAUCUACCGGGACACAGACCAAAGAUGUCGGAAGUUGUCAGAAUGCUUGAAGGAGAAGGGCUUGCUGUCAGAUGGGAAGCUUCUCAGAGAGUUGAUACCUCAAAGUGCAAACCCCAUGACUUCUCUUCAUCAGAUAGAUACUCUGAUCUCACAGAUGAUUCAUCGUUGUUGGUUCAAGCCAUGGAGCUGUCUGGUCCAAGGUGAAAAUCCUUUCCAAAAUUUUAAUAUUUUUUCCGCAAGUGUUUCGUAUAUUAAGAGAAAAUUUUCAUAGAUUUUGGUGCAUAGGAGUUUUAAAGUUUGGUGUAUCAUAUUAGAAUGUUCGUUCGAAGCUGUUUAAGGGCUUCGUUAUUCGCUUUUAUCCAAUUGUAUAGGCCGUUUGAUAACGAUUUUGUUUCGAGUCUUUUGUUUAAGAAAAUUAAGAUUCUAUAAUCUUUACGUU